AUGGCUGAGGGCAACCAGAAAAUCAGAAUAAUGAAAGGAGCUGAGCCCGAUAUGUCUGCGGCCUCGUUUCAAAUAUUUGACGAGACGCACACUUUGGGGAACGCGCUCAGAUGGAUGCUCAUGAAAAACCCGCAAGUUGAGUUCUGCGGAUACAGCGCACCGCAUCCUUCGGAGAAUUUGAUCCAGAUACGGAUACAAAUGUAUGACAAGCAAUCGUCCUUGACCGCCUUACUGGAUGCGUUGGAUAAUCUCGACAAGCUGUAUGCUUCGAUAGAGGACGCAUACACGACCAGUUUGGAGGCCGAAAACUACGAGAAGUGGGAGGAAAAGAGCUAG